AUGUGCUCCUGCAAAACUGCCCACCGAACCUUUGUUCAUCACAUGGCGCUAGAUCCGUCGGGUAUCUUGCUUGCGACGUGCUCGAGUGACAAGGAGGUUAACAUAUUUUAUCGUAAUCCUUCAGUGCAAGAGUCGGGUGCCUGGACUUUAUGUUGCGUUCUAAAGGAUCAUGUGGCUACGGUGACUCGUGUGGCAUGGUGUUGGCACAGGGAGCACGGGCCUUUGCUCGCCACCGCGGGUGCUGAUAGGUGGUUUUACGUGUACAAAAUUAUAGUGACGGUGCAUGCUGGGAAAAUGGUGUGUGAUGCGGUGAAAUAUUCUGUUAUUAGGGGGUUUGAAAAAGAUGUCAUCACCGAUGUGGCGUUUAUUCCUUUUGAGCAGCACCGUGUUCUUCGCUUGUCAACCGCGUCGCUGGAUGGCUGGAUACGCUUGUACGACAUCCAACCUGUGCAGUUUCUGUUCGUUAGCAAGAUUACGCGGGAGACCGAGACAGGCAGAGACGUGGACACUCGCCGCGGUGGGAUUACCUCCAUAGCCUGGUUUCCAAGCUCUGCGGGUGAAGGACGGGCUCUUGCUAUUGGGUGCAUGAAUGGAGCCUUUUACCUGUACCGAUCUUCAAAAGAUUGUGAAAAAUUUGAGCGUGUGCGCAGUGUGUUUCCUGAAAGGGCCGAUACCUCUAUUCAUCAUAUUGUUUGGGCUCCUUGUGUUGGGCGUCCCUUUCAGUUGCUGGCGAUCUGCUGUCGCAGUUCUGUGUAUAUUGUGCGACUUAAUUGUGUUUCUCCCGUCCUGGAGUCGUACGAUUGCAACGUCUUUCGUUGGCCUCGCGGGGCGGCGUGUGCGGCGUGGAGUCGUUCCGCCUCGCUGCUGUACCUGAUCAACGAUGAUGAUGCGAGUGAGAUGACACUCCUGCAAGCAGAAGACCCCUCAGAUCAUCAGUCGUGGAGGGAAGUGCCACAUGAUUUUUCCUGA